AUGGACCCUCCAGGCAAUGCCCCUCUGGCCCCACCGGCACUAGCACAAGCACCCGGGGUUCCCCCACCCAGACUCCAGUCCGACCCGAGUCUAGAAGUCUGCCCGAACUUCUCCUCACCGCUAUACAAUGCCAUCGUCCAAGCCUUCGCGCUGAGCCAAGGAAUCGUGCCCAAUGUCGCAACCCAGCAGCUCACUGACGUCUGGACUGCUGAAAACGACUCGCGCAAACUGGCAUGGGCCACACAAUGUCAGGCAGAUCAGGAUGCUGAAGACGCUGCUGAAGCCCAGCAUCUUGCCGCCGAGGAUGCAGCAAAACGAGCGGAUGAAGAGUUAGCAGAGGCAGAAUGCCGAGAAGUGGAGAAGAAAAAGCCGAAAAUCGGUGACUUCGAUGAGGACGUCGCCCCCCCGGACGUCCUCCUCGCCAGACUGUCCGUCUAUGCUCUGGAAAAACUCCGAAAAUGUGAGUACAUCGGCCUAUGGUACUUCACUGAAGAGGGCUGCCAGGAUGCACACGACAGCCAAUCCUUCACCAUCGACGAGGCGUUCAGCAUCGCCCAUCUGGACAACAUGAUGGCCCUCAAACCGAUGGCAUCCUGCCACGCAUCGCGCAACGCCCUCCAAGACCACGACCUCUCGUGGCGCCAAAUGACAAUGGGCAAGGCAGUUUUCCUCAUCGAGAUCCAGAAAGCCGGGUGGCCGCAAAAGCACCGAGACUCCCUCCUCGCCUUUUUCUAUGCCAUCACCAACCACGAAUUUUGA